AUGCCUAACAUUCUCAAUAAGCAAAGAGACCAAAUAAAUGUGAGUAUAUGCUAUAAUAUUAUUUAUGUUCAUAAAUGGCAUGAUUUGAUUAAAACUGAUAUUAAUAGUACAGAGAUCAGCCUUUGGAUUAAAGAGCAGGAUAUUGACAUAUACCAGAUUUUAUUUACAUCAAUGAUACAAGAUUUAGCAUCUGAUAAAAUUCUUCAAUGGUUCUCAGAUUCUAAGGUUAAUAUAAAUAAUCUAUUAGAAGAGAUCUCUGCCAUCUCUAUUUUGAAAUCUGAACAAGAGAGUCAAAAUCAAGAUGAGGGUAAUGUUAACAAUCCUAAUAUUAUGAAACAUAAGGAACACCCUUCCAAGAGACUUAAAUCCAGUCUUAAACAAGGCAGCAAAAUCAAACAUCAGCUGAAUGAUCAUACAAAUUUAAAUAUUCAAAUGAAUAAACAGAAUAAUAGCUUAAUAAAAAAUCUCAAUAUAGAUAUUGGAAAUGAUCUCAAAGGCCGAAAAUGUGGAAAAUGCAAACAGUUUGGACAUUAUACUAAAACAUGCCUGAAUAAUAUUGACAUGUAG